CAGCCCCCAUUCACCAUGUGUUUCCGUGUGAAGUUCUACCCUGCAGACCCAGCUGCCCUGAAAGAAGAAAUAACCAGGUACUUAGUCUUCCUGCAGAUCAAAAGGGAUCUCUACCAUGGCCGUCUCCUCUGUAAAACGUCGGAUGCCGCCUUGUUAGCUGCCUAUAUCCUUCAAGCGGAGAUAGGUGAUUAUGACCCAGGAAAGCACCCUGAAGGCUACAGCUCCAAGUUCCAAUUUUUCCCAAAACAUUCAGAGAAACUGGAAAAGAAAAUUGCUGAGAUUCACAAGACUGAACUCAGUGGUCAAACACCAGCAACAUCAGAGCUGAAUUUCUUAAGAAAGGCACAGACAUUAGAGACCUACGGAGUGGACCCUCACCCAUGUAAGGAUGUGUCAGGAAAUGCAGCAUUUCUGGCCUUUACUCCUUUCGGGUUUGUUGUUCUUCAAGGAAACAAGAGGGUCCACUUCAUUAAGUGGAAUGAGGUGACCAAGCUGAAAUUUGAAGGAAAGACUUUCUAUUUAUAUGUAAGUCAGAAAGAGGAAAAAAAAAUUAUUCUCACAUAUUUCGCUCCAACUCCAGAAGCCUGUAAGCACCUCUGGAAAUGUGGAAUUGAGAAUCAAGCCUUCUACAAGCUGGAGAAGUCAAGUCAAGUCCGUACAGUGUCCAGCAGCAAUCUAUUCUUUAAAGGGAGCCGGUUCCGAUACAGCGGCCGGGUUGCAAAGGAAGUAAUGGAGUCAAGUGCCAAGAUCAAACGGGAGCCACCAGAAAUACACAGAGCAGGGAUGGUUCCCAGCCGCAGCUGUCCCUCCAUAACCCAUGGCCCACGGCUGAGCAGCGUCCCCAGGACACGAAGAAGAGCUGUUCACAUCUCCAUCAUGGAAGGCCUGGAGUCCCUACGAGACAGUGCCCAUUCCACACCAGUGCGGUCCUCUUCCCAUGGGGACGCCUUCUUGCCUCAUGGGAGAAGCAGCCGGGCAGACAGCAAUGAACGAGUCGCUGUGAUCGCUGACGAGGCCUACAGCCCUGCAGACAGCGUGCUACCUACACCUGUAGCCGAGCACAGCCUGGAGCUGAUGCUGCUUUCCCGUCAGAUCAAUGGAGCCACGUGCAGCAUUGAGGAGGAGAAGGAGUCUGAGGCCAGCACCCCAACUGCGGCAGAGGUGGAGGGCCUCGGAGGAGAGCUGAGGGCCCUGUGUCAGGGGCACGGCGGGCCAGAGCAAGAACAGGUGAAUAAGUUUGUUUUAAGUGUCCUCCGUUUGCUCCUUGUGACCGUGGGGCUCCUCUUUGUUUUGCUCCUCCUCCUGAUCGUCCUCACUGAGUCUGACCUUGACAUUGCCUUUUUCCGAGAUAUCCGCCAGACCCCUGAGUUUGAACAAUUCCACUAUCAAUACUUUUGUCCCCUCAGGCGAUGGUUUGCCUGCAAAAUCCGCUCAGUGGUGAGCCUGCUCAUUGACACCUGAGAAGGCAUGACUCCUCCCAAUAACUAGCCAGGUGGACCAAGGAACCCGGCUACCCAUUCCCAGCAAUGGGACCCAUCGCGGAACCAUCGGCACACACACCAAGUCCUCCUCUCAUGACUCAAAGUCCACUGCAGCCUAGGAGGGUUGUUUCCCAGAAGAAAGGGAAACAUAUAGGCUAAUGCUGUAAAGAAGCUGGCAAAACUCAAUUUCUUCAGAGGCUCUUUCAAGAAAGGCUCAGCAACUCUAUGUUUCUCAUCCUUCAAUAUACAGGAUAAUUUUGGGGUUCAAAUUUUAAUUUUUCAUAGAUGUGUAUUAUUUUGAAAGUAUCCAAAUAAAAUAAUUUAUUUUACUAUACUGAUUGCGGUAGUGUCACCUGGUAGAUGGGACACUCGUUGAAGACUUCAGAGAGCUGUUUGUCCUCUGUACCCCGCAGCUUUCUCACUGGUGCCACUGGGUUCCGGGAGACCCAGCAAGGCAGGCCAGGGCUGUGGACAGCCAGGAUUGUUGAGGUUUACUUGCCAAAGUAAACACCUGUGUAGAAUAAUUAAAUAGAAAGUUGCUUCUUAUGAUGGCCUGAGUUGGAUUUUCUUUUCCUUUUGUUUUUUCAAAUCUGAGCAGAGUGGGCUUCUGAAGGGGAC